CCUGUGUCGGGCAUAACAGAGUUGCUCCAUACACAACCCUCGGCGCGCUCCCGCGCUAGUAUGUAGUAAACUGAUCUGAAGUUUAGCCAUCUUAUCUUCAAACGUGGCUCAGCUCUCUACUUCAGAUGGCAUCCUUCAGCUCGGGUCAAAAGAUCAGGACUGGGAUGAAGUGCCGCGCAUAAUGAUCGGACGAUUGUUUUGGGCAACUCCUCCAGUUUCGGUCGAUCCUGUUUACCAGCGUUCAGUUUCAACGGGAUGAUGAUCCUCGUAUUGACGAUCAUGGCAUCAUAUAAGAACUACUCCCGUUUCUUGGAACUUUGUGUUUGUUCCUCACAAGCAAGUCUUUCCAAACAUCUUCUCUUUGCAUCUUCAGCAUCAAGCCAGGCGCUUUCACAUUCCUUGACAACGAUUAUUUACAGCUUCUUCACUUCGAAAGCUAGAAAUCUUCAACAAAUAUUAUACUUUAAUCUUUUACAAUUUCUCUCACAACCGCAAACAUGAAAGCUUUCACCAUCGCUGCUCUUUUCAACUUCUCUCUCCUUGUCUCUGCCGUUCCUCCAUUCGAUCCAGCAGGAGCCAAGAAUGUCGGCAACGGAGCAGGCGUUCAAUUCAUCGGCGGUCAGUGUCUCAGCGAUGCAGACUGCCAAAGCGCCUGCUGCGCGAAUCCUACAGGAAUCUGUUCUGGUCCUGGAGCCUCAACACAAAACGGCAAGACUGGCUGUGGAUUUGGAGGAUCGUCCAGCUCAAGUGCUGUGGUCGCAGUGAGCAGUGCAGUUGCAGGAGCCAAUAUUGCUGCUGCUUCGGGAACCAGUGCAGCUUCAACUACUCCGGCGAACGGUGGACCAGCAUUCGACCCCGCUGGAGCAAAGAACGUUGGCAAUGGAGCUGGACAGCAAUUUAUCGGCGGUCAAUGUCUGAGCGGUGCUGAUUGCCAGUCCACGUGCUGUGCUGGCCCGUCGGGGAUUUGCUCUGGACUUGGCGCGCAAACUCAGGCUGGAAAGACUGGAUGCGGAUUCGUUUCUGGCUCGGCAUCGAACGCUGGUGCGGACACAGCUAGCAGUGCAAGUGCAGCGGCGCCUGUGGCUUCAAGCACAAGUGCCGCGAGCACGGCGUCAAAGGGAGGCCCAGCUUUUGAUCCUGCGGGAGCCAAGAAUGUGGGGAAUGGACAGGGAACUCAGUUCAUUGGUGGGCAAUGCUUGAGUGGUGCGGACUGUCAGAGUACCUGCUGCGCGGGACCUUCUGGCAUCUGCUCUGGGUUGGGAGCUCAGACUCAAGCGGGAAAGACAGGCUGUGGCUUUGUCUCUUCUGCCAAACUUCUCAGAGUCUGAGCACUUAUCAUAUUCAUCUUCUUGUAUUACAUAUCUUUAGCAUAACCUUGGCAUCAAAAGUUGUGGGCUUAGGGAGAUACCAUUAAAAAUUGAAC